UCUUUUUCCAGCUUUCCGCCCGACUCCGAGCACAGAGACGACCGAGGAGGCUGCUGGUGUGGACGCUGGCCGGAUGGUUAAAUCCAACCUACAGACGAUUUUGAAUAGUCAUUGUUUUGUUAGAGAAAAAGAGAGAAACUUACCCGAGAUGCCUGUUAUCGAGCAGUCCAAUAAUAAACCUGAAAGUGAAAGAAUCUCCAGUCCCAGGAGGUGCUCCCGCUGUUGCAGUAACCUGUGUCCGGGGCCUCUGUGGUGUUCCGAUGCCCCUCUCCCACCCCUGAGGAUCCCAGGUGGGCGAGGGAAUGACCAGCGGGAUCACAAUCUUUCAGCUAAGCUACUAUACUCUGAUGAUCAGUUGCUCGUUUAUGAGGAGCCUCUGCCUGCUAACGGCAGAGUGCGCUUCUUACUCAUUGAGCCCCGUCGCUCUGAAGCAAAGGACAGCGUAUGGAGGGCAGCACUGAAAGGGGGCAACCUGUAUGUUGAAAUCCCACCUGGACCUUUGCCAGAGGGCAGCAAAGACAGUUUCACCCUCCUGCUGGAGUUUGCAGAAGAGCAGCUGCAGGUUGAUCAUGUGUUCAUCUUUAUCCACAAGCGCAGAGACGAUCUAGCUCCCAUGCUGCGAACCUUCAGUUUCCUGGGCUUUGAGAUUGUGAGACCGGGUCAUCCCCUCAUCCCUUCCCGCCCUGACGCCCUUUUUAUGGGUUACAACAUUGAGCGUGACUCCUCUGAUGACGAAUAAAUGACGCUGAGCAGUUACAAAUGUUUGUUGUUCUUAUUUUAAGUCCGUACCACACAUCUUUAUAUUUUUUGGGAAUUGGUUACAUUGUCCAACAUCACUGUGGUUGAGGGUUCUUGUCGUAGGAUUUUCGUUGUUGUUUUACCUACCAUGUGCUGUGUUUCUAUAUUUGCACUAGGGUAAGAUGUUAAUAUACCAAGAAUGUAAAGCAAGCCACACAAUACCUGGGCAACGCAUCCUCGCCACUAUUACUCUCCUUGAUAUGUAGUGUUAAAUCACUGUUCACCCUCAAUGAACUCCAGUCAUCUCCCUAGUAUGUAGUAGUAUUUAUGAUGAAUUGAAAUCAUAGUCAUGUAAGUAGAUAUAUGUUAAUAGAAAUUAUCAGUUGACAUUGAUUUUUUUAUUGUGUGCAUGAUUUUAAUUUGUGUUGUUCCACUCGAUAGGAAAACCUGCAUGUUGUAACUGUACUAAAUAAAAUUGCUCACCCCUAUACA